UUAAAAUGUCCGCAGAUCUUGUGGCGCCACUCAGAAAAUAGUCUCUAUGUUGUUUUGUCUUUUAAAGAACAAGCCGCUGUUUCAAGGAUGGAACUCUCAUCUCUACUUGAUGAGCUUCAUCUUUCCUCCUCACAGAAGCCCCUCCCCUCUCCUCCUUUCCCUUCAAUCACAGAACUGCUUUCUCGGCUGCAGGACAAGCUGCUUGGUGCAUCCUCAGACUCUGAAACAAGCUCUCUGUUUGGUCGUGUGGAGCAGCUCUUUAAAACAGCUGAUCCUGAUUGGCUGUUCUCCCCGGUGUUAGCCAAUGAUGAUGUCGGUCAGGUGGAGCUUCAGAGGGCGUACAGGUCUCUGGUCAGCACUAUGAUGUGUUGUGCUGCUUUGCCUCUCUGUGAGGACGACUGCGGCUCCCUGACGGCGGCAGCCUAUCAGAACGUCCCGAGUCGAGCCAUUCUAGUCUGCUCCGUGCUCAGAUCACUGGUGGGAGCUCUGGGACACUGGGAGAGGGCAGGACUACUUCUGACUGUGGCACCGCCUCUAUGUGUGUUCGCUGUGACACAUUUCCAGGAUCAGGCAUGGACCACCCCCUCCUCCAGAGUGGCCGCACAGAGACUACACAAGGCGCUGCUUAGGGCAGGUGGCUGGAGAGACUCUGUCCACCUCCUGAUGGGAGACACGAGUCAGCAGGAAGAAGGAGGGAAGAACAGAGGAAUUCUGGAAGGAGUCCUGGACGUCCUGCAGCCUCAUCUUACCAAGGAUUUGUGGCAGCGGUCUGAGGCAGUGAAGCUGGUGUUUGGAUGGAUCCUCCUGCAAGUGCCUCGCCCUUUUCUCUCCCCUUACUUGCCUCGUCUCCUCCCGCCCCCCCUCCUCUUCAAUGACCACUACAGACCAGAGAACUGCAUGCUGGGAGUUCGCUGUCUGCAUCACAUCAUAGUCAACACGUCUGCUUCUGAGCUCCGUCAGUUCAACAGAGCAGAAGUUGUGUAUCAAGCAUUGUUCAAGCACUUGUAUACUUCAGAGGCGUCUGUCAUAGAGCUGGUACUGUCCUGUCUGCUCGACCUGUUGUUGGUUUUUGAGAAGCCCCCCUCGUCAGUCGCCUCCUCCUGCAGGAAGCCCAGUCGCCAUGACGAUGUUCUACGCCUGUUCUUGACUCACAUGGAAGCAGAGAACAAGGUGCCGCUGCGACGCAUCUAUGCCUCCAUCCUGCCUCUGUAUAUAGACAGGAUGGGUGUAGCAGUGUGCAGACACCUGCGGCGGCUGGAGCGUGUGGUGCUGGGCUACCUGGAGAUCAGAGAUCCACCUGAGGAGAUAAACAGGCUGAAGACCCUGGAAGUUCUGCAGAAAACAACAAGAGCAGCAUGGCCACGGAUGGAGGCUCGCAUUAAUGUGCUGCUGCGUUGUUUGCUGCGGUUGCUGGUCGAUGUUUCUUCAGACUCUGAGCUCAAAGAUUCAGUGACACAGGAGCUGAUGAGUCAGACAGUCCUUUGCAUCAAGUUGCUGGACGACUGCUCCCUCGGAAAACUACAGCCUCUUCUCCAGCAGGUCAACAGCAGCUGUUGCAGUCCUGCCGUGUUCAGCUGCCUAGCGACUAUAACUACACCGACAGAGAGGUGAUGCAGAGCGACACUGCUGUCCUGGAAGACAGAUCGGGAGUAGGACACAAGUGGACGGUCACCGGCCUGCAGAUGUCUGUAUUUCAGACGUUAAAAGCCUUGGCCACAGUGGACGGAUGAGCAGAAGGUGGCAGAGCAGCAUGGCUCACUCCUGUUAGAUGAUCAAACAUGUUUAAACUCAAACUAAACUCGCCAUCACACGAAACAGUUUUGAGGAACUAUUGCCAGCAGUUGAUAAAUGUACACUGGUCGAGGCAGUAGGUCAGUGUGUAGGCCAGUAUGAAGGAUUUAACAUGAGCCAAACAUUAAAUACAUUUCAAAGAUAUCGUUUAUUUCAUUUAAGAAAUGAAAAAUAUAAUUUUAAUAAACUUGAAACAUACCCAUUCACACAUUUCUCAUUUUUAACAAAUAAUAUAAUAUAUUCACUGCGUUAAUUAACAAUUAACGCAGUGAGUAAGGUGAUCUCCUUUUUGUUCUGUUAGUUUUCAUUUCAUAGUCACUUGUCAUAUAUUAUGUGUGUGUGUGUAUAAAUACUUUGUAAAAACAAAAAUAACUGGUUUAGUCAGGUUCUAUAAUCUGUAAUAAAAUAAAUAUUAUAUAUAAUAAUAAAAAAAGAAACCAUGUAAUAACUGGUUUGUUCGCUAUAAGCUGCUUCAUACAGUAUCACAUGAGAUAGCAUUUGGAUUGGCUGUCAUGUGAUGUUGAAACAGAGAAUGUAAUAAUAAAAAUAAAAGAAAAUAUGGUAUAUUUAACUGGUAUAUUUAUGCUCUUUUAUCUUGUACAAAUGUAGAACAAACACCUGAAUUGCCCUUUAAUUCUUCACAGUGCCUGGCUGCAUCAUACAGUGUCACAUGAUGUGAUCUAAACAUUUGAUUGGCUCAUAUGAAGUAGAAACUAGGAGGACAUGAGUGUGUCAUCAGUGAGAGUGUGACAGGAGUGAGUCCAGCUUGUCCACUUUGUCUCUGAGUCCCAGUAAACUGUCCUCUGUCUCCAGUCGUCUCACCUUCAGAGUCUGCUGCUGCUUCCACAAACUGCAGCGCAGACGAGCCUGAAAUGUAACAUUUUGUUGAUUUAUACUAAAUGAUUUGUUUGUUAGUACAGUGACACUGCUGAAGUCCACCUGUAGUACAGUGGCCCAUGAGGGACAUUUCAGUACAGUGGUCGUGUAUAUGACUGAUCAUGUGAUGUACAUCCACAGACUAUGAAGUACUAUGAAAUUAAGAACAGAUACUCAAACUGAUGACACAGUUUACUGCUGGAGCUGUAGUCGUUCUGUAUAACAAUAUAUCUAUAUAUAGAUAGAGAGAGAGAUGGAGAUAUAUACAGAAAUGAAUGACUUAAAUCUGAUGAGAUUUAUCAUCUGCUGUAAAAACAUUUUAACAUCUGGAUUCUCUUGAAGUUUAAAAUGACCUUGUGUCUCCGUGAGAUCACUUGUAUGAUUAAGGUUUAAAUAAAGAUUUUUUUAAAAACAA